GAAACAUGCAUAUUAUUUACAUCUCCUCCUUCAAAAGUAUAUAAAAGUAUGUAAUCACAUAUAUUGAGAACUUCGGUCUAUAUUACUAUUGCUUUGCUUAUUACUCAUUGCGCUGUGCUGUGGUGCCAUUGUAGAAGUGAAAGCCGACGCAAUGCCUUCUGCUCCUUCAAAAAAUUACACAGAUGACGUCAGCCUCCUCGUCGUCACACUCGACACCAACCCUUUCUUCUGGUCCGAUUUCCCCUCCCACUUCUCCGACUUCCUCUCUCAAGUUCUCGCUUUUCUCAAUUCAAUUAUCCUCCUCGGCCAACUCAACCAAGUCGUAGUUAUUGCCACCGGUUGCAAUUCAUGUUCCUACGUUUACGAUUCAUCUUCUAAUAAGAACCAUGCUUCCACUAACGGCACAAUGCCCGCACUUUAUUCCAACCUUCUUCACAAUCUCGACGAAUUCAUAGCUAACGAUAAGCAAUUAACAAAGGCUCAUGAACCGGGAACCGUUCCUUCGUCACUCUUAUCUGGAUCAUUGUCCAAGGCUCUAUGCUAUAUACAGAGAGCUUUUCGAUCAGGACCAAUGCAUCCUCAGCCUCGGAUUCUCUGUCUGCAAGGAUCUCCCGAUGGGCCUGAACAAUACGUGGCAAUCAUGAAUGCAAUAUUCUCUGCUCAGCGUUCUUCAGUUCCAGUAGAUUCUUGUUAUAUUGCUUCAAGCAAUUCAAGCAAUUCUGCAUUCCUCCAGCAGGCUUCAUACAUAACUGGUGGCAUAUAUUAUAAGCCUCCCCAAUUGGAUGGGCUUUUUCAAUAUCUUUCAGCAGUGUUUGCAACUGAUUUGCAUUCUCGUGCAUUUUUAAGGCUUCCUAAAUCUCUGGGUGUGGAUUUCCGUGCCUCGUGUUUCUGCCAUAAGAAAACAAUCGACACGGGCUAUGUAUGUUCUGUAUGCUUAUCCAUAUUCUGUGAGCAUCACGACAAGUGUUCAACUUGUAGCUCUGUUUUUGGCCAGUCUCAAUCUGUUGCCGCCUCAACAGACAAUCGGAAAAGAAAGGCUGAAUAAUGUUUCUGGGCUCGCCUAUUUCGUCAUGUCCAUCAAGGGAGCUUAUCUGUCGAGGCUUUCUUGAUCUCUUCCUUAUAUGUAGCAUAUUGAAAUUUUGGCAUCAAAUUGCAUUUGGCUCUUUCUGGUGGGAACUCAAGUUAGUUAUGGAGAUCAUCAUCCAUCGGGAUGACAUUAGCAACAUUAGGCUCUCUUCGUAUGGGAGCUGCAUCCUAAAGGCUGUGAUUUGCAUGUUCAAAUGGUCUAUUGAGCUCUUUCCCUUUGAUGGCAUCUAUUCAUUUAUGAUGUUGAGCUAUCAUGAAUUUUUGUUGUGUAAGAGUUAAAAAAACGAUGACUUUAUAAACAAAUGUCUCGUCUCCAACCCCGAUUUAUAUUCUUUAUAGUAAUGAAUUAUCCUCUAGAAUACCAAACAUGACCAAUGAAAUUAGAGUUCAUAUAUCAAAGUUUUCAAUAACUUUUCAUUAA